UCAACAGUGUUUUGUUUUCUCUCCUUAUGUGGAAAGCUCUGGGUGGAGUGUGCGGGCGAGCGAGUGAGUCAGUGAGUGAGAGGGUUUUCCUGCAGUGCCCACUCUGUCUGGACAAAGCCCCGGUAGAGGAGAGCCGGACUGACCAGCAGGCACCCCAAAGACUCAGAAGGCUUUAACAACGUUCCCCAGUCUUCCUCCACCCUCUGAGGUUAGUGUGUGCGUCCCAUCAUGGCGAUGGUUUUUCGCUCCUCUCCGCUGCUGUGGACUCGCCUGGUGGCCCUGAUUUUCUCCUGCGUGGCAUUCAGUGUGGCCCUGUACGGUGCCCAGCUCACCCACGGCACAGGCGACUGGUGCAUCUUCUGCUGGAGCUUCAGCUUCGUGGGGACGCUCCUGGUGGUUCUGGUGGAGCUCUGCGGCCUGCAGACCCGCAUCCCGGUCUCCUGGAAGAACUUCCCCAUCACGUUCGCCUGCUACGCCUCGCUCUUGUGCCUCUCAGCCUCCAUCAUCUUCCCCCUGUACUUCCUGAAGGGCUACUCUGGCCGCGAUGAGGUAAUGAACUGCCGCAUUGUCUCCUGCGUCUUCUCCUGCCUGGCCACCGUGGCCUACCUGAGUGAGGUCAGCCUGAGCAAGGCUCGGCCGGGAGAGGUGUCCGGAUACAUGGCGACUGCGCCCGGCUUGCUGAAGGUGUGCGAGACCUUCGUCGCCUGCAUCAUCUUCGUCUUCAUCAACGAUCCGAUUUCCUAUAACCAGAACGCCGCCACCAAGUGGUGCCUGGCCGUCUACUGCAUCUGCUUCAUCCUGUCGGCGGGGAUAAUCGUGCUCUGCGUAGCUGAGUGGACGGGAUGCCUUCCGUUCCCCUUCGCCCGCUUCCUGUCCACCUACGCCCUGCUGGCCGUGGCCUUGUACCUGUCGGCCACCAUCAUCUGGCCCCUGUACAAGUUCGACGACAAGCAUGGCGGCACAAGCCACAGGCAGAGCUCCUGCGGCUCCAUGGCAGGACUGUGCUGGUGGGACAAGCUGCUGGCCAUCGCUGUGCUGACCGCUCUGAACUUCAUCCUCUAUCUGGCUGACCUCAUCUACUCAGCCAGGCUGGUGUUCGUUUCUGCUUAACCCUUGUGCUUUUGAGAUUGCCUUUAUUUCCUCGAUGUUUAGGCUCCUAGAGACCCCACAGUAUGUUUAUAUGCUACAUGGGCUGUGACCAAGUACACGUACCGACGUAAAUAAAUGUUUGCCAUUAUGUGUAAUUUUUAGCAGAAGUCUUCUGAAAAGUCGAAAUCACGUUUGUGAGCAUGCCGUUGAGAAAUGUUAUCAGUAUUAAGCUGGGAAAUCAGUCCUAGGUGGUAGUUUUUGAGUUGCUGGGGUCUCCAGGACCCCAAACAGAAGAGGGAUUAAGGGUGGUAGUAGAGGUGCAGGGGAGAAGUCUGGCUUAUGGUCAGCGAGGUGUCUGCAGUGUUAUUGUCAUCGACAUGAAGCUCACUUUAUCUUCAAGCUUGGUAGCCCACAGUGCUGAAGCUUGUCCUUAAGAGCUUUUAUCAUUGGCUGAUUUUGUCUUUAAUAGCCUAAAAUCAAUUAGAUCAAUUAGAUCUGUUGAACGUGGCGUUUUAAUGUCUGUAUUGCUCUGCUUUUAGUGUAUCAGCAGUUUUAUUCAUUAACCCAGCAUUUUUUCACCCUUCAUUGCUAUCAACUUAGUUAAGGUUACUGUAGCUAGGAUAACUUAUCUAGAUAAUGCUUAAGCGUCACAGCUCUCAUGGCAAGCCCAGUUUUGGGUACCCUAGUUUUAUUUCUCCAAUAUUCUUCCCAAUUCAAUCAUGUCCAGAUUUAAAAUGGAUUCCAAAUAUUUGUGUUAAUUGUUCUAAAAUUAAACGAAUUCUGUUUUAAACACUGAAAACAAGCUCCUGCUUCUCGGCGCCAAAGUCUUGAAACGACGUCGCUGAGCUGUUGAGAACUUGACCUCUAAAUUUACGAGUUGGAUUUACAGAUUUUUAGGGAUUUUUUUUUAGAUUUACAGGGAUUUUUCCUACUUGUGGGUUCCCACUUGGUCCUGAACGCGGCGUUAGGCCUCACCACGAACGCUGCAGACGCCUAAAGCACCAGCCGUAACUCAAGCCGGUUUUUAUGAAGUAUUUUUUGAGCUUCCUUUUUUUUUCACAGAUAUAUUGUUUUAUGUUUGUGUUACAUGUCGUUUUGUCACUUUUCAGCAAUCAUAUUAUACCAAAGAGGCUUUCAGAUAAUGUACGUUCCAAUUCAGGUAGAACCUUUCGGCGUAACGUCUGCUCUGCUGAACUCGUCUCACGUCGGCGUAGACAGGGACGUUUAUCAGUGCCAGAGUUCCUAACACUCUUCCCCCGUAACAUUCAGGUCAAUUCACGUAUGUUGAUGAUCAGACCUGAUCUGAUCAGAGAGCUACGAUACUUGAUACAGUGCAACAUGUAACACUGGGGUUUUGGGACUUGUUCAUAAAAUACGUGCCUUUUUUUACUUAGCGGCUCCUUUAUCUCGUCUCCACUCUUGAAGCUGCAUUACGAUGGAGAAUUACGUGUAUAUUCUGACAUUUCGCAUCAUGCAUUUUUAAAUAUAAAGCAGUGUUAAGCCUGUUGAUGGUAUUUUGAGUAUAUUUUGCUGUCCAGUGCUGCAAGAAAUGAUGUUUUGACGAGAGGAAUCAUCUCAAAUCCGGUCAGUGCUAUCCAGGAGUUUGUGUAAUUGUACUGUCGUAUGAGUCAAAUUAAAUCCAAUUUUUUUGUUUUUUAAAAACAUCCAAAUCUCAUACUUAUCCAUGCAAAAUUGAGCUGCCAUUAGUGAAAGGAUCAUUAGUGUCUGCACCAAACAUGUCAACACUGUUGGCGUGCCACGUUUCUCCUUAGGUUUCAGGUCAGCACGAUUCAUUAUAUCAUCUCAUUUAAAAUCUAUCCAAACGUAAGGGCUUUAGCCCCGCCCCCCUCUUCUGAUUAUGUUUUUUUAUGAUGCACCAAUGGGCAGGGCAAAAUAUUGACCAGUAACCUCCCCAUCCCACCAGCCCCACCUAGCUAGCUCAGAAAUAUGCAUCUAGUCCCGCCCACUUACUUUCAAGGGUAAAAUCAUAUGAAUUUAUAACCAAAAAAGGGAAAAAAAUUAUAUAUUAUAUGUUAUAUUCAAAAUUCCUUUUUCAACAUCCACCAAUCAAAAUCCAAUUCCAUCACAGUAACAUACAGCAUGCCUGCGGUUCUGCAGUCAGGUCUAAGAUGGGUCUAAUGCAGUAACAGCGUGUGUGUGUGUGUGUGUGUGUGUGUGUGUGUGUGUAUAUAUAUUAUUUCAAAAACUGAAAAAUUAUAUAUAUAUAUAUAAUUUUUCAGUUUUUGAAAUAAUUUGAAAAUACCUGCUGCUCUAAACAUCAUGUGAAUCAUUUCAUGAUGAAUGGACUAAAAGAAACAGUGAAGAAUUACUUAUAAAUAUUCUGGUUCCAUUGACUUACAUUCAAAGUAAAGCAGGUUUUUCCUUCUCCUGUAAAGUGACCGUUGGAGAUACGAGGUUUUCCUCCUGGCCAAAUUACAUGUUUUGUAUGUUAACACGUCUACCACAUGGAAUGUACUUAAGUACUUAAUACUUAAAAACGGCCUUUUUCUGCAAAUGUCACUGUACAAUUUCAGUUUUAAUGAAAGUACAAUUUCGGCAUGUUUAGUGAAAUAAUUCAACACAAAAUGUAAGAUGUGCGCUAACGUUCGCACAGGCCACAUUUUUGGCUCUCUUUUAUUUUUCCCUGGUUUGUUAAAAUCAGCAAAUAAGAGCAAUUGUGUGUUGAAAUGAGUGGAAGUGUGUCUCUGUACUGGAUGUACAGCUUAUUUACAUUUACAAAACCCUGAUGAACACAGGACUGGAGCCCAAACCUCUGCACGCGGCUGUGCGAGUGCGUUUGAGAUGAUUUCUCCCGGUGACUUUUCGCAGUGAAGUGGUCCAGCAGUUAUUCUGGGUGCGGUCGUCAGUGUUAGACGGACGUGUUCGCGCUGUGCAGAAGCUGCUGUGAGAGUGUGUUGUGUGUAACUGUGUGUGUAUCCGCUGAGCUGUAUCAGUUACACACUCACCUCACAGCAGCAGAACAAUGACACGUCCCUCUGUGUUUGCUGUGCUGGGGGUCCGGGGAAUGGGGGGCUGUCUCUGACUGUUACGGCGUUGGGGGGUGGUGAUUCACUGCGUGGCGUAGUGCUGUUUUCCUCUCUGUGCUCCCUCUGUUACUGUGGAACUCCAGCUCUGAAUAAAAGUCGUCUAAAGGAAAUGACA